AUGCCCCUGCCCAAGCCCAGUGAGCAGGAGGGCAAGAGCGUGAAGGCCGGCCAGGAGCCCUCCCCUGAGUCCCCUGAGCCGGGCACAGAUGUCUUCCCCGCAGCCCCCAGGAAGCCCAGAAAGUUCUCCAAACUGGUGUUGCUGACGGCCUCCAAGGACAGUGCCAAAGUGGCGGGGGCCAAGCGCAAAGGAGUGCACUGCAUCAUGUCCCUGGGGGUGCCCAGCCCCGCCACCCUUGCCAAAGCCCUUCUCAAGAUCCAUCCCGAGGCUCAGCGGGCCAUCGAGGCCACCCCCCAGGAGCCUGAGCAAAAACGCAGCAAGCUGGACACAGAUGGAAAAGAAGACGGAAAGUUGGCAGGACAGCCUGCCCCCAGUCCCUUGGUGGAUGGGGAGGAGUCCACCAUGGGCCCCAUCGUGUCCAGAGAGGACCCGUAG